AUGCUUGGUCCCAGCAACUGGUUUCCACUCUUCGCUCCACAGAAACACAGAUUAAACUCUCGGAGGCGACUCAGGCGGUGGAUAACCACCUCCUUCACCUCUGGGCGGCCCGGCGCAGCCUCGUCCGCCGAUGGCGCCGGCAAAAACACCAUCGGCAGCUCAAAAUUUGCAUCGCUGAGCUCACCCAGCGAGCAGCAGAGUAUCGAGAACGCGGAGCUGGAUCGACUGUUCCAGUCACACGACCUGAAGGCGGCCCUAGCAAAAAUGAGGCGAGGUACGGUACCGGGACGGGAUAAAAUUACCGUGAAAUUACUUGCCAAUCUUCCUGACUCGGCCUACACCAUGCUCCUUGCCUACAUCAACUCCAUUUGGAUCGGGGAAACAACCCUACCAAUUGAGUGGAAGACCGCCCUGGUCACCUUCAUACCCAAAGCGGGCAAAGCCAUUAACACGGACAACCUCCGCCCCAUCUCCCUUACUUCUUGUGUGGGAAAAUUAAUGGAGACGAUGGUGCGUGACAGGUUGUCCGCGUUCCUGGAGACCAAAAAUGCAUUUGCAGACACCAUGUUCGGGUUCCGCCCACACCGGUCCGCGCAGGAUGUCUUGCUUCAACUCGAUCAUGAGAUCCUCGAUCCAGUCGAGUAUCCCCUGAAUGACAAAGUUGUGCUCGCUUUGGAUCUGAAGGGGGCCUUUGAUAACGUGACCCACGAAAUUAUUCUAACGCAUCUCUCACAAGUGGAUUGCGGCCACAACACCUUCAACUAUAAUAAACAAUUCCUCACUGACCGACAAUCAUACAUUCGGAUUCAGGACACUGAACACGGCCCUUAUCGUUUAGGCACGAGAGGGACCCCGCAGGGAGCGGUCCUCUCGCCCCUCCUAUUCAAUCUGGCAAUGAUGAGACUCCCCGGUCAGCUGGCGAAAGUCGAAGGCAUACAGCAUGCGCUCUAUGCCGACGACAUCACCAUAUGGGCGUCACACGGCUCGGCAGGAGACAUGGAGGCAAGCCUGCAGCAAGCGGCGGACAUCGUGGAUGACUAUGCCCGUCGCUGCGGCCUUCAGUUCUCCCCGUCCAAAUCGGAAUUUGUGCACAUACGCCCAUCGCGAAAGUGCACCACAAAAAUUGACCUCUCCCUUCACAGCGGACCCAUACCCGAACGCGACGAGAUUAGAGUACUGGGGCUCUUUAUACAUAAAAAUCGCAAAGCAGACACAACGUUGGCCAAAUUGCGUAAAGUGGGGGACCAGGUGGGCCGGAUGGUCCGCCGGGUUUCCAACAAGCGCGGGGGGUUACGAUGCAAAGACGCCUUGCGGCUGGCGCAUGCAUUCGUAACCAGCCGUGUCCUGUACUCGGCUCCAUACCUCCACCUACGCAAAUUCGACGAGAAUGCACUCGAAGUCAUUCUCCGCAAAAUCUACAAGCGCGCCCUCGACCUUCCUGUCAGCACCUCUAACCAGCGCCUUCUGGGCGUGGGAAUGGUGAACACCUUCAAGGAGCUUCGAGAGGCGCACUUGAAUAACCAAUAUACUGGACUCUCUAAAACACCGUCGGGUCGCCGCCUCCUUGCCCGACUACACAUCAAUCAUUCAAUACAUACGGAAGAGCGCGUACAGAUUCCAGAAAUUUGGCGAUACUCCCUGCACGUGCGCCCUCUUCCGGCUAACACGACCCGAGACGACCACAGUGGCCGACGCCUCGCGCGGGCGGAAGCCUUGGCUCGACACUACGGCCACAAAUUCGGAGUAUUUUUCGUGGACGCCUCCGGCCCGCACCACGGGGGUUGGUACACGGCUGCGGUCGUCCACCAAAACACCGCUGUAAAUGGACUCACCUUCCCUACACAUAACAUUACGCACGCGGAGGAGAUCGCCAUCACACUAGCCGCCGCAGAUCAGGACUCAAGGGUCAUCAUCACCGACUCAAGGGGCGCCUGUCGCAAUAUAAAACAGGGAUACAUUCCGCACCUUGCCUAUAAAAUUUUGCAGAACAGCAGCUACCUAGGUGCCCCAGCGCACCGAACGAUCAUAUGGGCUCCGGCUCACACGGGCCUCGAUGGUAAUGAGACGGCCGAUGCCGAUGCCCGCGCGCUUACUCUCCGGGCACCACCCUCGUCCCCUACCGAUCCGGACCUCGAACCCAAUCCCGCUUACACAAUUAAGGAGGUCACACAAUUUUAUCAAUCCGGCCAUAAUAUCUAUCCAAAAGCCUGUAAAGGCCUCACGAAGGCGGAGGAGCGAAUCCUCCUUCGCCUUUAUACAAAAACUUUAUUGUGCCCGGCAAUUAUAAAACACUUUGACCCCGCUUGCCCGGGGAAGUGCCCGCAUUGUGAGGACAAUUCCUGUGACAUUUUCCACAUGGUGUGGGCUUGCCAAAAAACGCCAAACCUUACCCCACUACCCAACCCUUCGCGGGAGGACUGGGAGGCAGCCCAGCUCGGCUGCUCUAACCUGACGGCCCAGCGGGCCUUGGUCGAGCGGAAGCCAUGGCUCGGCCGCGGCCAUCGGGCCCGGCCGCGGCCAUCGCCAAUGGGCUCCCGAAAGAGGGAGCCCACCUAG